AUGGAAUACAUUCGUGUGCCCUUUGACGAAAAGGAAUAUGAACAACUUGAUUUUCAGCUCGAGUCGUUUCCAGAUGCCGAUUUUCUCCACUCUGACGAUUACAGACGAUACUCUAAAGUGGCCAAAUUACGAGCCUUGGAUUAUACCUAUCAUAAAAAAAAUCUUUAUGCCAUGAAUAAUAACGGUGGGCGCAACACAGCUAUCCAGCACGGUAAAAGCAUACCCAACGCCAAAUGGAUCAUGCCCUUUGACGGAAACUGUUAUCUGAGUAAUAACGGGUUCAAGGAGAUUAGAGCUCAAUUAGAAAAAUAUGGCAAGGACACCAAGUACUUUGUGGUGCCCAUGACACGAUUGCUCAAUAACUCUGUGCUACUCAACAAUUUGGACGAAAGACCCAAGACACCUGAAGAACCGCAGAUCAUAUUUCGUUACGAUGCUUCAGAAGAAUACAACCUCAACAUGCGCUACGGCCGUAGGAGCAAGCUUGAGCUAUUGUGGCGUUUAGGUGCACUAGAGAACCGUCGACUGAACCGACCGACAGUACCUUGGGAACCAGCAGAGCGUCCGUACAGUAAAGACAAGGGCAACUUCAAGAACAUUGGCUGGGUCUUCCGCUUGUUCUCGGGAAACCCUCAACAGGAAGAAAACAAAAAGGAAGCAUCAUCGAUUCGAGCGUUCAACCGAUUACUGGCAAUCCAAAGCUCUCUGGACAGUCUGGACGAAUCAAUCGCUCGC